AUUGUAGCCAGUGAGUGUGGCUGCACUGAGGAACACUACAAACACCUGCAGCAGCUCCAGCGAGACUUGGGGCCCUAUCACUUCAACGUGCUGGCCUUCCCCUGCAACCAGUUUGGGCAGCAGGAGCCCGGCAGCGACAAGGAGAUCGACAGCUUUGUGCGCAGAGUCUAUGGAGUCUCCUUCCCUCGAUUCAGUAAAAUAGCAGUGGUCAGAACCGGAGCCAACAAUGUCUACAAGUACCUUGUUGAGUCCUCUGGAAAGGAGCCUGAUUGGAAUUUCUGGAAGUAUCUAAUCGAUGUAAAUGGCAAAGUGGUGGACGCAUGGGGACCAAACAUUUCUGUCAAAGAAAUCCGACCCAAAAUAGCUGAAAUGGUGCGGCAGAUAAUCUUAAAGAAAAAAGAAGAGCUUUAAGCCGUUGUUCCAGCACCAUUCACUACACAGUGUUCUGCAGGAGGUGAUUUAAUUUCAUUGGUACAUGAACCACAUGGAUAAAGUCACAAGGCAAAUUGUGCUUGCUUUCUGAAAGCACUGAUGACACACCAUGUUUUUAAAGUCAGCGUCAAGUUUUGAAGCUGCAGGUUUGAAGUUUGUUUCCCUGUUUGUUAGUCAUAUGGAUUAUGUUAGAUUUUUUUUACUCAUUCUAAUUUGUGGAAUAAACUUUUCCUGUGAUGAGAGCAUUGACUUUAUCUUACACUGUUUUAUUUGAUAGACAUUUUCAGAACAUAUGUUAUUUUUGAGUCCAAUCCUGUGUUGUUUCAAACACAUUUAUCUUUCUGCUCCUUUUGAGGUCAUCAUUACAGGAUGGCACUUCACUUUAGUCCCUCUCUUUAGCAUUUCUAAGCACUUUUAAUAUUUA